CUUCUUCUCGUUGACUCUAGUGUGAGCCAACGCCAUCACUGUGUUAGAGAACGAAUUAUAUUGCAAACAAUCAAAUUCUUGUAAACCGGUAGAUACACAGAAAAACUUGAAUAUAAUCGCCAUUUCUGUACAAAACCGCGAAAAACAUAGCGUUGUGAACGUGUUGAAGACUUUCGGUGUGUUUUUUGAAUGAUUCUAAUUAACUCUGGUGCUAUUCUUGUGUUGGGUGUUUUUAUUUCUGAAUUAUUUCAACCAAAGGAAAAAUGUGAUCGUUUUGGGAUGUACAUACAGUGGCUUCUAAGUAGUGAUUAAGUUUGUUUGUUUGUGGUUUUUUGGUGACGGAAGUGUGGAGACGGUUUUUAGGCAUAUUGAUUUUCGGAUAUUGGACUACCCUUACUUAUCGUCCCCAAGACCCUAGGGCAAGCUAACUAUGUUGGGCAGCCCAGCUGGGCCGGGGGGACCGAACCAACGAGGUCUGUGGCCCCUGGCUCCAGCACCGGCUCCUGCUACCAGUUUCACUGCUGACAGUUUCAACAAAUGUGGCGUCUAUUCUUUGUUUCCUGGAGGACCCACCUUUGGAAGUGCUUUAUAUUCACAUGCUCGGACCAUAGGUCAAUUUACUUCUGGUCAUAUUCAGCAAUCUUCAGGGAAUCCAUUUUAUCACAAGGAUUCUUUGUUUUCUACUGCUGGAUAUACAUUUGGUGCCCCAACACCUCCGCCAGGAUCUCCAUACUCUCCGGUCCCCGUGACGCAACUGGAAUUGCUGACCAAAGGCUUUAAUUCAAACAUCAUCAUCCAGCAGCCUGAUUAUCCAAUCAGUCCAAAGAAGCUGCAAGAAAAGCGGUGUGAUGAAAAGUGUUGCAGUUUAAAACCCCAGAAACCAUGCGAUUGUCAAAGUGCUUCUCCUGUUAAAAAGUUUCCGGAAAAUGUUAACGGAUGUUCGCGAACAAAUCCGAUAGACUGGACUGGUGUUAAUGUGAAAAAAGAACCAGGAUCGACACCAUGUCAAGUCGCUGAAAUAACAACUAGUGUUUCGCCAGUGGUUAAAUUAGAAGUGACCUCGCCGAAAAAUACGAAUGAGAGAUCACAAAACAUUGUCUCAAAUUCGAGCAUUAAUGGUGCCGAUUUUUCAGUUGGAAACAUACCUGUUGGGAUCGCCGUGGCAAGGCAAAGGUAUCAGCAACAAGAAGUUAUCGGAUCUCCGUCGUUACCACCCGCCGGACUUCUCACGACGGUCAAUGCUGCAGCACAGAUCAAAGACGUGGCAAGGGUAUCCGAAGUCGGAGAAGGCGGUUCCGCAGGUAUGGCUGCAAGCGCGACAGGAGGCGUAUCCGGCGGCGGGACUUUGCUUCAAUGCACGGACGACCGCAGCACGGCAUUGGCUGGUUGGUCGAUGGGUGGGAGCCACGGGUCUGCGUUGGGCACGCCUACAUUGUGGCAGUAUCCUGCGCCUGUUCCUAUGGAGCCGAUGGUUCCUCUCCCGGUACCAAUGCCUCCCGUCGGAUUCCAGCUAGUCCGUGACCCAUCAACCGGAGGUCUCCUUCUUUUGCCCACAACCGGAAUAGAACCUCUGCAACAAGCCGUGGUCUGGCCUAGCUACCACCAACCACCUUCGGUUCUCUUACCUCCACUACCACCUCCUCCCCUACAACUUCUAAGCUCUGCUUCGUCUGAUUAUCUUUCAAGCAGUACAACACUACACCAACACACGCAAACUCACAGCACGCGUUUGGUGGCUGUGACUACAGACAACAAGCGCAAAAUUCCGUUACCCAUUCCAGCAACUACUUUGAUUAAAAUCGAAACAGAUGCUACUUUGGACCAAACAAAAACACUACAAGCAGUUAGUACGAUUGGUAAUAGCACGGGGACUGUUUUUACCGAGCAAAAUUUGGCUCCGUUGGUUACAACUCAUGUCAUCUACCAACAUCCGAAUUUAAUUUUGUCACAACCGACGGCUUCGGAGACCUUAUGUAGGUCGCAGGCGACCUCACCAGUCACUUGUCUGACACCACCUCCUGAAGCGGUUUCAAGCCCUGAAGAAGAACCUCUUGCAGUGCAAGACGCAAGCAAUCAAACAGAUACCCCAAUUUGUAGUGAAGAUGAUACAGUAACCGAACACCACGAAAUAACCGAACAGAAAGAACCACAAGAAAGUGCUUCCAUUAUCCCAGUACCUGAACAAAUACAAGAACCUGAACAAGUGCAAAAAAUUUCCAUUCAAAAAGACGAAAAGUCUAAACCUGAUAUUAGUGGUUUAGAACUGCUAUCAAACAGCAUAGUGGAGUUCGAAAAUGGCCGAAACAGUGUCAAACUUGAACAGAUCGAGCAAAAAGACGCAAAAGAACCUUUAAAAGACAAUGAUGAAUCAGAACGAUCUGAUACUUUAGGCGGCUUGAAGUUAUUGUGCGCCCUCGCAGAACAAAGAAUCAUGGAAGAAAAUGACGAGAAACACCGAAUUGAGAAAGAACACAAAGCAGAAAAACGAAAGCUCAAACAUGAACACGAAUCGAAACGAAAGAAGAGUAAAAAACAUGACUUAGAAAGCUACAGAUCGUAUAAAACACCCGAAUCAGAAGAAGAAGUGAAGAAAUUCAUUGCGAGUAAAAGCCAAACGUCGUGUUGUGACGGCGAUUGGCCGCAAAUGAACGAAAUGGAACUUGACAUGAGAAUGAAACUCGCAGAUUUGCAACGACAAUACCGCGAGAAACAGAAAGAAUUGAGCCGAUUGAAACCGAAAAAACACGAAUGCAAGAAACGCUCUCGCAAAAAGUCGACGCAAUCAGAUCGCAGCAUUACGCCACCACCGCAAUUGGACAAAAUUGAUUUUGGGACCGUUGACAAAAACCAGGAACUAAUAAUCAAACCUCCAACACUUUGCGCCUUUGAUAAAUCGCCUAAACUUGAAGCAAUAAAACAAAGCGACCGGAUAAUCAACGAUUAUAAAAACGAUCUGUUGAGACAACAAGAAGAAUUGGAGAGAAAUUCCUCGUCGAAAAAACGCAAAGUCGGACGACCUAAAAAACUCUUAUCCUCUUUGGGUUGUCAGACAAUUGUGGCUAAAAAACCGAAGAAUAAUUUCGUGGGCUAUUUCCUCGCAGCUAAGGAAAAAUUACAAUUGCAAAGGAAACUGUACGCGAAUAGUCCGCUACGAUAUUUGGACGAGACCACAAUCACACAUAAGAAGAACAAAAACAAUAACAUUGUUAUUGCGUGUAAAAUCCGCCCGAAACUUAAAGCCGAGCCUACAAUUAGGACCUACAAUGACGAAGAGUGGGAGACAGAACCAGAAGAAGAAGAGGAUGAGGAAGAGGAGGGAGAAGAAGAAGAAGAAGAAGAAAAAUCGUUGGUGGAUGAAUGUGUUAAAGAAAAAGAAGAAAUAGAAGAGAAUAUUGUUCAAGAAGUUGAAGAGGUUAAAGUCGUGGAGGAAGCAAAACCGGUUGAUAAUCGGUGUAUUUUAACUGCAGAACAUUUGGAAAUUGAUAAAUUGAGAGUUCUGACUGCGAUGGGUGGGCUGUUCUAUGCUGGUCAUUUGAAUGCUGUAGAACCGCCUGAUGUUUACUCCAUUACGUUAGAUGGGGAAAGAGGGAACCGGCCUCAUAUCAUGUCCAGAGAGGAAAUUUUGAGGGAUGCAAUUGUGGAAGUGGCACCGAAAAGUACCCAAGAACUAGUCGCUGGUACCAGACUUUGUGCUUACUGGAGUCAGCAAUAUCGCUGUCUAUACCCAGGAAGUGUAGCGGAACCGGGCACUCCGGAUCCUGCUCUCGACUCCAAGUUUGUUGCCGUGGAAUUUGACGAUGGUGAUAGUGGAAGAAUAGCUUUAGACGACAUCAGGCUAUUACCACCCGAUUACCCAAUCAUUGAAUAUGACCCCAAUCCUCUACUCAGUCUCAGCAAACGUCGUCGCCGCACUUCGACCUCUGUUUCAACCGAAGAACGUCAAAAAGUUCCUCCGCAACAACCACAACCCCCAAUCCGAACUAUCGAACCCCUAAAACCGAUCCCGGAAAUAGAAAAAGAUACGGAAAAAGAAAAUCAAGACAUCAACAAACCUGACACUGAAUCUCACAAAGAACGUAAACGCCUAAAGAAAAAGAAGCGCGAGAAACUAAAACAAAAGCUUCUGCAUGAAGACAAAAAGAAGAAAAAGAAGCACAAGUGUACUGAUGAGUUUUGCAAGCAUAAAAAACACCACAAGAAACACAGGAAGCACAAGAAACAUCAUCAUUAUGAGGAAAAGAAGGACGAACAAGUGGUGCAGCCGAUCGAAGUUCCUGACUGUGACAGUGAAAGUGUUGAGCGUGGCGAAGAAGACGAUUCUUCGGUUUUUAAUCCAGAAGAUGAAGUUACUAUGGAUGAUAUCAUUGAAGCAAAAGCCAAAUCCAAGAAAACGAAAAAAAUAAGAGACAGGCAAGAAUCGUGCGAAAGUCGAAGUAAAAUGAGCGCGUUUUUACCGGCAAGACAAUUGUGGGGUUGGUCUGGAAAAGGUUAUAAAAGGCCGAGGGCGAAAGGUAGAUCCAGAAAACAGUUCUACAAAGCCAUCCAACGUGGAAAGGAGACAAUAACUGUGGGCGAUUCAGCUGUAUUCCUUUCAACUGGAAGACCUGAUAGACCUUACAUUGGAAAAAUUGAGGCCAUGUGGGAACUUUGUGGAACAAUGGUUGUUAAAGUGAAGUGGUUUUAUCACCCGGAAGAGACAGUCGGCUGUCCUUUGAAUUUGCAAUAUCCGGGAGCUCUUUUCCAAUCGCCACAUGUGGACGAGAAUGACGUCCAAACAAUCUCACACAAAUGUGAAGUUUUGCCACUUGAAGAAUACACAGAACGACUCGGAGACGACCCACAACGUUACGCUAUGAUUUACGACAACAACGACAUCUAUUACUUGGCGGGAUAUUACGAUCCCACCACAACUACUCUUAAAAUGGAGCCGAAUAUUCCCUUUUCGAAACCAGACUGACACUGAAGCAAUAAAGAAUUUGAAUAAUUAACAAUAAUUAAGAUAGUGAUUUUCGGUGCUAUAUUGGAAAUGUGUUUACGUUUUUUCUGGUUUUGAUGUUUUCGUUAAGUUUCGAGUUGGUUGUAGUGUUUAUUUGACAACAAGUGUACAAAUAAUACUACUUUUUUGAAUGCAUUUGAUAGAACAAUUCGUGUACCAGUUUUUUUUGUUGUUUUAAGACAAUCUGAGCAUUUUUUCGAUGUUUUUUUUUGUGGAUUUUUCUAUCAAAUUCCGUGUUGUAGAUAGAUUUCAAAUGUAAAUAAAUAAUCUUAAUGUUAUAGUUUUGCACAAUGUAGAUUGAAGAAUAUAUUUUCAUAGAAUUUGCCAUUUCGGUCUUAUAAUAUUGGUAUCCAUAAAAAAGUCUAUCAAUCUUUGGAACUAUUGGUCUGAUAUGGGUGCCUAGUUUUGUACAUUAUACUAAAAAGACCUAAUGGCUACUAUUGGAAGCAGUAUUUUAUCACAAACUUUGAAAUUGUUUGACUGCAUGUUAGUACUUAAAUCGGCGGAAAUGUUUGAUACGAAAAUUAGUCCAUAAGGUUUCAGAGGGUUAGACCCGAAGUAUUUCAAAAUGUGAUGGCGCGAAAAUGUCAUAUAUUUUUUUAAACGGUAGAUAUUAAAACCACGAGACGGUCUGGUCAAAAAAUUUCAGAGUUUCUUUAAUGUUUGAAUAAAUGUGCAAUGUACUCAUGUUAGUAUGUACUUAGAUCUCUCAGUACUAAAAAUAUAUCCAUAUGUAGUAGGUGCAGAUAUGCUUAAUCAUACAAUAGAAAACAGUAAAUGUCUCCAUACUUCAAGAAAGAAUUUAAAUAUUCUUCCUAAACAUUUUAUUUAAAUUUGUACCUAUACGCUUAUUAAAAUCAAUUUAGUUUUAGGUGCUUACUACUAGGUGCUGUUCCGUCUACACAGCCACAAUAUGUUGAAAAUAUUUUCAAAAUGGCGACACUUGCUUUCGGUGGCAGUAUCUCCUUUGUUGUUUUUUAAUGUGUUUUUUGAUUAUUCAAAUUAUUUUAAAAAACUUAUGUUCCACAAUUUGAGAUAUUGUGGAAUAAAUUCUGUGUGUUGGUAAAACUUAUUUAACUUUUUAAAAAUAAAAAUAAAUUGAUGUAUGGAAGAAAUCAAAUUUGAUACAAAUUAACGAUAAUUAAUAAUUAUUUUGCAUAUUUAAUUCUUCUAUUUCAAAACUUAAAAGUACACAGUAAUUACGUUAGUUUAUAAAAAUUAAAACUUUAAUUGAAAAUUUAAUUUUUUAAAUUGACAGAGAAUUUAAAAAAAUAACUUUUUUAUUUGAAAUAAAGAGCUCUGUUUUUAAUUGUGGUUUUAUUUUAAGGGAAGUUUAUGAGUUUUCUUUAUAUAUAAAUUUACUCUUUUUUGAUAUAUUGUUUUUACUUGUACCAUCCCCUUCAAAAAUUAAUAACUUUCUUUGAGAAUUGAAAGAAAAAGUUUAGAUUUUUCCUCUGGCGUUUUGAAAUUAUAAAAAGAUCUUACACAUUUGAGAAAAUUGAGUUAUGGAUACUUGAGGCUCCCCAAACCUAACCUUAAAAAUUCUCGUUUCAAAAUAUUUUGAAACGCGAACGUAAUCCAUUCUUGGAAGGAAACUAUUCAAAUCUAAACAAUUUGUAAAUAAAUACCUUGAAAAAGUUUGUCAAAAACUUUCUUUUAAAAAAUUAGAUCAUUUGAAAAAUGCACUAGCUGUCCAUUUAAAGUAACAAUGUUUAACCGGAAGUGGCGCCAUCUUAAAAAUCAUUUCGAAACGGAUUACGGCUGUGUAUAAAUUUUUAGAAGAAAAUCGUUAUUACAACUCAGUACUUCUAUUGUAGAGUUAGACGGAACACUCUGUAUACUUUUUCAAAAUAUUAUCUGAGUUUGUAAUAUCCAUGUGAUUUUUAAUAUAUCUUUCAAAAAAUUAUAUCAACAUUUUUUUUUAAUUUCAUAAUAUAUUCAAUAAAUGAGUACGCGACAAUGUUGAUGUAGUUUUAUUUAAUACAACAGGGUGAGUCAAUUAUGGUGUAUUUCAGAAAUUGUUCAGAUUCACUUGGUUGCAUCUAAAGAAUUUAUGAAACAUGCCACAAUUGACUAACCCUGUACAUAUGCUAUUUGAUUUACUUAAAAAUGUAAAGAAAUGAAUAUACUUACAACAUCUUUUUAUUCGUUUAUUUAUUAUAAAACAUGAAAUUUCUAUUUUCUAGAUGUAUCUUAUUGAAGCAUGUAUACAAGAGGAUAUUUUAUUAUUGGUGUGUAUAAAAAGUAAUAUUUUUGCAUAUUAGAUAUUUGAUAAACUGGUGCUAAUUAAGGCAAACAAUAUUAUUGCAUUGAUGAUAAGCAGGGUCUAUUAACAAAAAAAACAUGUAUAUACCACAUCAUCGUUUGCUUAUCUUGUACAUAGGCUCAAUAUUUUCACUUAUAUUAAAUAUAGAAGUUUAUAAAAAAAAUUGUCUUAAUAUUUCACACCUUCGUUGUUUUAAAUCGUAUGACCUGGUUACUCAUUUCAGCAACUAAUAUUGUAGGAAUGUAAAAAUAAAUACUUUUUAUAAAUACUGUUUUGGUAAUAUGGUACCUAAUUAUGUGGAGUGUUAAAUUAUUAAGUAAAUCAAAAUAUACAUCUAAUUCAGC